AUGAUGAACAAUUCAAGAUUAGGACGUUCACGGGAUCACUUACAGAAUGCCAUGGGACAAACCUAUGCUCGAUCAAAAUUAUUUUCUCCUUCUAUUAGAAAUGAAGUGAAUGAUGCAUUAUCGAAUGCAAUUUCACCAUUUCUCCAAAAUUUCAAUAAUGAUGAAAAGGAGGAGAAACCAAUAAGUGUAAAGCCAAAAUUACGAACAACAACAACACCAGCAAUGACAAUAAUCAUUAGAUCAACAACAGUAACAAUAAAGCCUAUAACAAAAGCACCAAUUCUAUUAAGCCGUAUAUCACCUCGAACCGAAAUGAAUGACGAAAAACGAGCUAGAAUUCAG